AUGGCAGGAUAUUCCAAUAUGAAUGUGCCGUCGUCCGGACCGCGGCAGCCGACUACGACUCCUUGGCCACAACCCGAGGUGCAAACGCACGAUGACUUAACCACGACUGCUGCAUUGCCUGACCUCUCGUCGCAAGGAAACCAGACUGCUCCUACAAUGCGAGCGACACGCACAGCGACCAAGCACACGUCUCGAGCCUGCACGUCUUGCCGACGAAGAAGGCGCAAGUGCGAUGGGGACCAGGGCGGCGGCAAAUGUUCAGAAUGCAUCAAGCAUAGUUUCGAAUGCAUUCUUGAUGCAAACACUGAUAUGAGACGGAAGAUGCAUCGCGAAAAGGCUCGAAAGGAUCAGCGACUUCUUCACCAGGUUCUCACUACGUUGCGGCAACGCUCGGAUUCUAGAGCGCAGACAUUGCUGGAUUUGAUCAGCGAAGAUGCCCCAGUCGCAGCUAUCGAAGCUCACCUCGCACAAUCAGCUGCAGACACCUUGGUCCUCGAGGACGAACCAUUGGAAAGCCUUCCAGAUGCUCUGGCUAAUCCGGCUCAAUCAUCAACGUCGCGCUUGACUUCGUUGAGUGCACUAUUGAACCCUGCAAGUCCGCAAGCGCAAAUUUCUCAGAUUACCGAGCUUGUCCGGCCAAGGAUUCGCCUACCAGAAGCUGAUCAUCUGGCGUUCGUAAGAAAUCCCCCGGGUGGAAAUGUUCCCGACAGAUCUAGCUCUUCUCAGCAACAACCGCGUCCUCUGUCGGACCAGGACAAUUACGUGGAGCCUGGCGCUGUCAAGUCCUUUGGGAAUCUUCCAAUGUCAAGCGCUAUUAGAGCUAACGGCUGGGGCGCGGAUGUACAACAACAGCAGCUGAGCAUGUUACAAAAACCUCUGUAUGCUUGUUCGCCUUUGCUACUAGACGAAGGGAGCAUCGCAGAUCCUUUAUCGCAAGCAGCCCUGGGUUUCAUUGAGGACGCCCGAUCACUUAUGGCUCAAGGACAACCAGUCAGGACCAUUCUUAGCAUGGAUGGACUACAAACCGAGCUCUUCUUCCGCGACCGAGGCCCCGAAGACCUGCAGACUGUUUCGACAUGGGCCUGUGAAUUCACCAAAUCUUGGAAGGGCAUGUUGCCUCAAACAUGCUUAUAUACCACCCUUCAUAUGGUAGCCUGCUUCAUGAGGUGGAUGAUCCUGCCAUGUCGCGACACUUGGCUGCUAAUGCCUGAACUCAUGAGGCCUAUGGUCGAUCAAAUGGUUGUACCGCACCACAAGCUGUUCGUUGACCUCUGUCAUAUUCCACAACUCAGGAAAUCCUUCCUGAAGUACAACCGAGAUUUUGCCCAUAUCCUCAGGUACGAUACAUUCAACCCCAACUGGCCUUUCGGCGAUGAAGCAUGUGUGGAAGGCAUAGGGGGCGCCGACCUGGGUGAAAAAAGUCGCCUUACACCCGCAUUCACGACACAUAUCGACAAUCCUGAAAAUUGGAGUCUGCACAAAUCUGUUCUAGCUCAUUUCCCAGAGUUGAGCAAUCAGAUUAGAUUCCAUGACGAUUUCUGA